UUCCAUGUUCUUACUAUAGAUGUUGCAGUAGUGGAUAUGAGUGAUUUUUCCAGACAACCCUCCCUCUUCUACCACCUUGGGGUACGUGAAAGCUUUGACAUGGCCAAUAAUGUUAUACUUUACCAUGAUACGGAUGCUGAUACUGCUCAGUCACUGAAGGACAUGGUAUCUCAGAAAAACACAGCUUCAAGCGGCAACUAUCACUUCAUUCCAUACACUGUAUCAUCAUGUGAUGAUUGUUUUUGUUGUGAAAGUGAUGCCCAGCGGAGAGCAUCUGAGUACAUCCAACCUAAUUGGGACACCAUCUUAGGACCACUCUGUGUGCCACUAAUGGACAAAUUUAUCAGCCUUCUCAAGGAUAUCCAUAUCACCUCAUGUACAUAUUAUAAGGAAAGUCUGUUAAAUGACAUCAGAAAAGCUAGAAAGAAAUAUCAAGGAGAAGAACUUGCAAAAGAACUGGCUAAGAUUAAACUUCAUAUGGAUAAUACUGAAAUCCUGACUUCUGACAUUGUGAUCAAUUUACUCCUAUCCUAUAGAGAUAUUCAGAAUUAUGAUGCUAUGGUGAAACUAGUGGAGACACUGGAAGUGCUCCCAACUUGUGAUUUGGCUGAUCAGCACAAUAUCAAAUUUCACUAUGCCUUUGCACUGAAUAGAAGGAACAACAUGGGUGACCGGGAAAAGGCACUUCAAGUGAUGCUCCAGGUGUUACAGGCAUGUGAUCAUCCAGCACCAGAUAUGUUUUGCCUAUGUGGGAGAAUUUAUAAAGACAUAUUCCUUGAUUCAGACUGUAAAGAUAAUAGUAGCCGAGACAAAGCCAUUGAAUGGUAUCAUAAAGGGUUUGAGCUCCAGUCAACUCUGUAUUCUGGAAUUAACCUUGCAGUUUUGCUGAUCGUUUCUGGGCAGCAAUUUGAAACUUCCAUGGAACUGAGGAAAAUAGGAGUACGGUUAAAUAGUUUAUUGGGAAGAAAAGGGAAUCUGGAAAAAAUGAACAAUUACUGGGACGUUGGACAGUUUUUCACCGUAAGCAUGUUGGCCAGUGACAUUGGUAAAGCUAUCCAAGCAGCAGAGAGACUUUUCAAAUUGAAACCACCCAUUUGGUAUUUAAAAUCCUUGGUACAAAAUCUGAUAUUAAUUCAGCAUUUCAAGAAACUGACCAUAGAACAUUCUCCAAGGCAAGAAAGACUGAACUUCUGGUUGGAUAUAAUUUUUGAGGCAACUAAAAUAAAAAACAAUGGAUUAAGAUUCCCAGUAUUGGUGAUAGAGCCAACCAAGAUAUAUCAGCCUGCAUAUGUUUCAAUCAAUAAUGAAGCCGAUGAGAGGACAGUUUCCCUUUGGCAUGUGUCCCCUGCAGAAAUGAAACAGAUUCAUGAAUGGAAUUUUACAGCUUCUUCUAUUAGAGGAAUAAGCAUAUCUAAAUUUGAUGAACGAUGCUGUUUCCUCUAUGUGCAUGACAACUCUGAUGACUUUCAAAUCUGUUUUUCUACAGAGUGUCAAUGUAGUAGAUUCUGUGCUUUGGUUAAGGAGAUCUUAACUGAUGCUAUAGGAAAUACCCUGCAACUUGAAGCAGAGAUUGAUGGUGAUACAUUGGAAUAUGAAUAUGACUAUGAUGAGAAUGGAGAUAGAGUUAUAUUAGGGAAAGGAACCUAUGGAAUAGUUUAUGCUGGAAGAGAUCUUAGCAAUCAAGUUCGAAUAGCCAUCAAAGAAGUGCUAGAAAAAGAUAGCAGAUAUUCUCAGCCACUGCAUGAAGAAAUUGCUCUUCACAAAUAUCUAAAACACCGAAAUAUUGUUCAGUAUCUUGGUUCUGUUUCUGAAGAUGGAUAUAUUAAAAUCUUCAUGGAACAAGUUCCUGGUGGAAGUCUUUCUGCACUCCUUAGAUCAAAAUGGGGACCAAUGAAAGAGCUCACCAUUAAGUUUUAUACCAAGCAGAUACUAGAAGGUUUGAAAUAUCUCCAUGAGAAUCAGAUUGUACACAGAGACAUAAAAGGAGACAAUGUUUUAGUUAAUACGUACAGUGGAGUAGUAAAGAUUUCUGAUUUUGGAACUUCUAAACGCCUUGCAGGAGUCAAUCCAUGUACAGAAACAUUUACAGGUACUUUGCAAUAUAUGGCUCCAGAGAUCAUUGAUAAGGGCCCUCAAGGAUAUGGGGCACCAGCUGAUAUUUGGUCCCUGGGAUGUACUAUCAUUGAAAUGUCAACAGCAAAGGCUCCAUUUCAUGAGCUUGGGGAGCCACAAGCAGCAAUGUUCAAAGUUGGGAUGUUCAAAAUUCACCCUGAAAUCCCUGAAUCACUUUCUGCUGAAGCUAUAGCUUUUAUCUUGCUCUGCUUUGAACCUGAUCCAAAUAAACGUGUUACAGCAUCUGAUUUACUUAAAGACUUAUUCUUAAAACAAGUGAACAAAGGCAAGAAAAAUAGAAUUGCAUUCAAACCUUCAGAUUACAAUCGUAGCACUUCUCUGCCUCUGCCAGUCCAUGGGGAGCAGGCUGGCAGUAGUAGCAGUGAGCCUAGCUCUGUCUCUCCAGACUCCGAUGUGCAAUCUGACAUAUUGUUUGAAAAAGCAAAGCGUUCUCUUUCUGAAGUUCAAUCGAAGAGUCCCAUUUCCCAUUUAUUAAGUGUUCCUGAUGAUAGCUCAAUUCCAGAUGAGCGAAAUUCCUCUUCUUCCCUUGAGGAAAAAGAUUCUGGUCUUUUCUUAAUAAAAAAGGACAGUGAACGUCGUGCAAUUCUUUAUAGAAUACUUAAGGAAGAGCAGAAUCAAGUAGCUUCUAAUCUACAAGAAUGUGUAGCACAGAGUUCUGAAGAGCUGCAUCUUUCGGUUGCUCACAUUAAGCAGAUAAUUGGGAUUUUAAGAGAUUUCAUACACUCUCCUGAACACAGAAUUAUGGCAUCAACUAUAUCAAAGUUGAAAAUGGAUCUUGAUUUUGACAGUCCUUCAAUCAACCAGAUUCAAUUAGUAUUGUUUGGAUUUCAAGAUGCAGUGAAUAAAGUAUUAAGGAAUCAUUUAAUCAAACCUCAUUGGAUGUUUGCGAUGGAUAAUAUAAUACGGCGUGCAGUUCAAGCAGCCAUUACUAUUCUUAUUCCUGAGCUUCAAACUCAUUUUGAACCAGCAUCAGAAACUGAAGGAGUAGAUAAAGAGGCAGAUGAAAUUGAGGAAGAUUACCAGCAAGCUAAACAAGGAAGACCAGAGGAAUCAGUUACUGCUGGAGGGUGCACACUCACUUCUUCUCAAGCCCUAGACACUAAACAGAAACUUAGCUUGCAGUUAAAUAAAUUAAAACAGCAAACAAACAGGUUACUGGAAAACCUAAUACAGAGGGAAAGGGAAUACCAGAUUCUCCUUCAGCAAACUUUACAGCAAAAAGUUCAUGAUUUGCAACUUCUUCAGCUCCAGUUAAAAACUACUGAAAUUCAACCAUCAUCUCUUCAGCACAACGUUGAUGAAGAACUUACCAAGUGGUUAAAACAACAAAGAGCUGAUUCAGAUGCAAUUGAUAGGUUUGUUCAAGAGGACUAUACACUUAGCGAUGUUCUAAACAGUAUCACAAAGGAGGAUUUGCAACUGCUCAGACUCCGGUAAGAACAGUAUUGCAUAAUUUUAGAAAUACUGCUUUCCAGUAGACCAAGAUGAUAUUUUAUUUUCUCAUACAGGGGCGGACUUGUCUGUCGCAUCUGGAAUGCAGUACUAAAACACAGAAAGCAAAGUACAGUCUUGGGAAUGGAGAUUUAGCAUUUCACUUUUGCCAGAUGCUAAUGGACUGAAAGAAAAAGUAUACAUUCCAAAUAUGUUUUAUACGCUGAUUACCUUGCAUGUUUUGCACAAACAUUAAAAUUUACUAACAUUUUAAAGUAUUAAAUAAUGACUAGAGUCUAUUAUAAAUGGUGUGUGUGUAUAAUUUUCUUUUGCAAGUUAGCCAUAUUUAUUGCUAUUUAAACAAUCUACCCAAUUUUAGAAAUGUACAGUAACUGAGAAAAUGCACAGCUACAUGUACAGUUCAUCUUAUGAAAUGCAGUUGCUCAUAUAUAAAAUGUAAAUCUUUUCUAAUAUACCUGCUGCUUUUUAAAAUAUGUUUGGGAGUUGUACAAUAUAAAGUAUUAGGUUUUGUGUAAUUUUGUAAGAGCAAGAUAAACCCCAAAGUAUUUCCACACAGAAUACUAAAAAAUUUUUUUUAGGUUGAAUAUAUUAUUUAUAUUAAAUAUA